CCCGCUCUCCAGCUAUCUGCAUCUCUGACCUCCUGUGUCCACAUCGACCUGACCUCCCACAAAACACUCACCUAUCUCGUUCCACGAAUUUGAACAUACCAUGCUCGUCGUAGGCCUCACCGGCGGUAUCGCGACCGGCAAGUCGACCGUCUCGGCCCUCCUCCGCGCACGCAACGUCCCUAUCGUCGAUGCCGACGUCCUCGCCCGAAAGGUCGUCGAGCCAGGCACGCCUGCGCUGUCCGCCAUUGUGCGCGUAUUCGGGCCCGAUGUCCUCCUCCCUGACGGCACGCUUGACCGGCCGAAGCUCGGGCGCAUCGUGUUCGCGGACGAGGAGAAGCGCAGGAAGCUGAACGCGAUCGUCCACCCAGCGGUGCGGAGGGAGAUGUUUUGGAGCGUGCUGAGGCAUUGGUGGCGGGGGGAGCGGCUGUGCGUGCUGGACGUGCCGUUGUUGAUUGAGGGUGGGCUCUGGAAGUGGGUCGGAAAGGUGUUGGUGGUGUACUGUUCUACAGAGAUCCAGCUUCAACGGCUCAUGAAGCGGGACAACUCCUCGCGCGAAGAUGCCUCAGCCCGCCUCAAUGCUCAAUUGCCAAUAGCGGAAAAGGUGAAGUACGCGGACAUCGUCAUAGACAACUCUGGCACUCCCCAAGAACUCGAACGCCAGAUUGACGGUGUAGUCAGACGGCUCAUGGAAGAGGCUGGCUGGACUUGGAGGUUGAGCUGGCUAUUCCCACCUUGGGGCAUCGCUUCAGCUGCACUGACAUUGGCUUGGCGGGCACUGCGUCGUUCGCAGAAAGGCAAGCUCCGGCGCAGGUAGUUCAUCCCGUGCAUGUCCAGUUGUUGUUUGACUCUCGUCUGCGCUGUAUCUUUUGCUUGUACCGGACAUCAUGCUGUACUAUCGUAUGCACUAUUAGAGUAUUUGGCUUUAGU